AUGUAAAAUUGGGGUUAUAAACUGAAAUAAACAAUAAUAUUAAUAAAUAAUGUAAGAAUAUGAAUUUGAUCUUAUGAAAAUCAAUUAGGGAAAUGUGGAUAAGAUUAUCCAGAAGAUAGAAGCCAGCAUUUAAUAGCGAAUGGAAAAGUAUGGCGAUGAUGAUUAAUAAGUAUAUAAUUUACAUCUAAAACUUGUCUAGAAAUUGAAAUACGACCGAAUUCUAUGUAAAUUGCUUAAUCAACAGGCGCUGGUUGCACUCUAAGUGGAAAAUUUUGAGAUUACUUUAAAGUACCUCAAGAAGGCUGAACUUAUAACUUCUUCGGUUCCAGAGCUUAAGGUUUCUAUUAAGUUAUAUAGUAGGCCCAAACCUAUAGUAACCUAGCUUGUUAUUAUCGAAAAAUUGGAAAGACAAGAACAGCCUUAUCAUAUCUUUAGUAGGCUUUAACCAUUGAAUUAAAGUAAGAUAAAUGCGAUUAAUACUAAGAAACGAUAAAUCCACGUAACUACCUGAACUCUAUCUGAAUCUCUGUGCUGUUUUUUCAUCUUUAGAAAGACAUGAAGAGGCUACAUAACAUAUCUAUCUAUCUAUCAUUAUGUUAUAACAUGAGCUACUCCUUUAAUUCUUGAAGUCCAACUCACAAAUAGAUAUAGACUUGAUGAAAAAGCAAAAUUCUAUUGACUUAUCACUACAUUAAUUCAGUACUGAAUAAAAAACUAGAUAAUCUGAGUAGAAUUCUCUGAAUAAGGAUUAAUAAGAGAGAAUGCAAAUUUUAAUUGUGGCUUAUCAUAAUUUGGGAAUCGAAAUGGAGCACUUAAGGUAAAGCGUGGAAUCCAAGAAUAUAUUAAAAUCCGCUUAUUAAUUAUCAUAAUUCACUCUUACCCAAAAUCAUCCACUCAGGUAGACUUUGGGAUGCAUUAUUAAAUAACAUUAAAGAGAAGAUUCAAAAGACAAUUUUCAACCUGUGACGUUAAAACCCAUUUUACCAAAAGUGAGUCUACGAUCAUCAGAUGCCAGAUAAGUUAAAAAAAGUGGCUCUCCUCAUUUUUUAUCAAAUAGCAAACAUUUCUCUUUGCCCAAAAAUAAAAGCAUUAAAGGAUCAAAAGAUGAUAGAAACUCUUCAAGUCUAACCUCCAGAAUAGAAGGGUCUAAAUUUGUAAAGGUCAAUGAUUUAAAUCAUGAGUAGCUGGUUUGCUUAGACAAUAAAGAAGUCAUUAACCUUAAAGAGUUGUAGAUAUCUCUGGAUAUGAUUAACUAAUCUACAAUGAUGUGA